UUAACACCCGCACUUCCACACUAACGACUGACCAAACCGAAAAGAAAGUCGUCAGAAAACAAACCGACGGAAGAAUCUCCGGUUGAUGGAUUCACCGUCACCAUCGCCCUCAUCCUCAUCUUCAUCCUCAUCGCCACCAUCACCGUCAUCAUCGCCACCACCAUCACCACCAUCAUCACCACGGUCAACAUCAUCAUCAAAUGAAUCGAGAGCAAAAGCGUCACAUAAAAUGGUGCUACUACGAUGUUCGUUGGCGUUAGGGUUGACGUUCAUAUCCAUAUUAUCUAUCUCCUAUGCAUUCGGCUUCUUCGCUUUACUCUUCGCCACUUUCUCAAUUCCGCCUCCUAUUUCUGUCCCUUCUCAGUGCAAAAUCGUAUCCACCAGUGUUGACUUGAGAUCAUCAAAGAUAUGUGAACUUGGGCUACUUAAUUAUAAGGCCAAGCGUGUUUUUUACCCAUCUGAAAGAAGGAAAUUUCGCUGUCGUUAUGAUUACUACUGGGCUUCUAUUUUUAAGGUGGAGUACAGAGACCAGUUCUCAGGUCACACAUUGCUUGGUCUGGCAGAAGCUCCACGAGAAGCUCUUCCUAGCGAUUGCCGGCCUAAUUUUUCUACUGCGUGGUCGACUAAACAUAUGCUGAAGGUGAAUGAGACCUAUGAUUGCUGGUAUACCUCUGGGCGAUCAAAAGUUGAGAUAUUUCAAGACAGUUACUUUGGCUGCCAAGCAAAGGAUCCAUCUUUGUCUGAGAUGAUGAGAAGAUACUCCAUAUUGUUCACAAAGAUGAUGCAGUCUUGGCUAUCUGGUCAACUAAAACCUCAGCGAAUGAGAUGGGAAUGGAUACUAGGUGUCAUUGGUGGUAUUCUCACCUCCAUGAUUUCCCUUACCAUGUUAACAAUCUGCUGUCAACUGUUAAAAUCCAUUCCUAAAGCUGCUGCUGCAAUGGUAACCUCACUAUUUCAUCAGGUGAUUUUUUCUCGGGUAAUUUUCCUUGUAGCAUACUUUUCGAUUGUCAUCUGGUUAGCAAUUCAGUAUGGUAAAAGGCUUGGCCUUUAUGAACUCUUCAUAGAUUAAUUACUACUCCCUCUGGCCCUUAAAGAUUGCCCCAUACCAUAUUUUUCACUUUAAUAAGAUAGAAUGCAAAAUGAAAGCACGUGAGUUGGUAGUUUUGUCAUUUUGCUAAUUUAAAUAAUAGAAUGUGAGAGAAAUAUGUGAGAACCACAUAUUAGAAAUGAUAUGGGGCAAACUCAAAGGGACUGACCAAAAAGGAAAUCGGGGCGAUCUUUUAGGGACGGAGGGAGUAACAUUCAACAACGGAUAUUUGAAGUGAUGUCUUCCUCGGGUGUAGAAAUCAAAAUUGCCGUCUAACAAGUGUAUCUCGCAAGAUCAUGACAAAGUGUAUAUUAUUAGCUUGUACUCCGUGAUAUUUCAAACAAGCCAUCUAAGAAAGAGUAGAGUACAACUAGGGGCGGAGGGUAUAGUGGUUGGCAGUGGUCAUGGCCUCUCGAGUGAUGUGGUUAAAAGUUAAAUAUGCAUAUAAAUGCACAUGUUUACCAUACCUCGGGUGGUAAUUUUUCCUAGAAAGUUAGGAGUUGUUGGGUGGUACAUGGUUGUUUAGUAUUGUUAUAAAAAAUUGUAUGUUAAAUUUUGGCCCCCAAAUGUAUAAUUUCUGGUUUCGCCCCUGAGUACAGCGGGAAAGUGCAUCUGGUGUUUAUUUCUGUAACAAAUGUACUUAUAUCCUCAGUCUGUUUAUGACAUGUAUAUUCUUGAGAUUGUUUAA